AUGGCCCUCGCGAUAAGCAUGGAAGGGAGUGAAACAAGGCUGACGCCAAAUGAAAGACUUGAAGCUUUGAAGCGGAGAUACGUCCCAACUUCGGAUAAUCAACACCAGCUUGGAGAUGGUGAUCUGAACAAAAUUAUGGAUCGUGACCUAUAUGAAGCCACGAAAGAAGGAGACGUUCAGAAAUUCAUCGAUGUGUUAGAAAAGGUUAUUGAGUCGAGGAAACUAGCUUUGUCGCUAAUCUUCGACCAAGUCACCCCCUCCGGAAAUUCAAUGCUUCAUGUAGCAGCAAGCUCUGAGAAAGAAGACGUCAUAGAGCUCAUUCUCUUUCAUUACCCUUACCUUGUGACCCGGAAAAACUCCUCGGAGGAUACUCCACUCCAUGUUGCCAUUCAACAUCAAAUGCUUAAUGCAGCAAGCAAGCUGAUGCGCCAGAGAAGAGACUCAGAAAUUAUAUACUGGAAAAACAAGGAUAAUAAAUCUCCAGUGUAUUUGGCAGUCGAAAAGUGCAAGUUGUCAAACUCGAAAGAUCACAAUGGGGCGGUCUGGGAGAUUCUUCAGCUUCUCUUACGAGAAUCUGCUCGAGAUGAAGCUUACGCAGUCAAGAUACAGGGCAUGUCACCAGUUUUGGCAGCAUUCAGGGGGGAGGGGGUGGAUACAGAUUUAUUGAAAGAAAUUAUAGAACGGCUCCCGAAGUUACUCCACGUGCGCGAUGAAGACGGAGGGACACCAAUGCACGCUGCAGCGUCGUCGGUUAGAUAUGAAGGCGCAAUUGGGCUCUUGCUGAAGAAAUGCCCUUGUCUCGCCCUUCAAACGGACAAAAACGGCUCCUACCCGAUUCACAUCGCUAGCGAAGCCGGCAACUUCCACGCAUUCGAACGGUUACUGAAGGACACGUGGCCUGACCUGGCAGAGAUCAAAAACAAAAAGGGUCAGAAUAUUCUUCACGUUGCAGCCACGAGCCGGUACUUUUUCACGGCCUACUACAUAUUAAAACAACACAGCGAGUCCGAUAUCAUCGGGAAGCUGGGGAAUUCGAAAGAUGUCGAUGGGAACACGCCCCUCCAUUUGGCAGCGAUGCACAACCAUUGUGGUGCUAUGCGCUCUUUGACGAAGGACAAAAGAAUUGACGUGCGGCUUCGGAACAAUGAUGGUUUGACCGCCUUGGAUGUGGCCAUGGAAUCCAGAAGCUUGUCGACGAGAAAUCCAGCGGUAUUAAUAGGACGUGCGAUUUUGAUUACUGCUGGUGUGAAACGAACCGAAGGUCGAGACACUCUGUCGUCAAAAGAACAAAUAGAUCGAGCGAGCAAAUCAUCUUCUGCCGAUUGGAUCAAGGACCAAGUCAAUACAUUAUUGCUAGUGGCCACACUUGUGGCCUCCGUCACGUUUACAGCGGGCUUAACCUUGCCCGGUGGAUAUAAUGCUCCCAGUGAUCCGAACCCGGGAAUGGCGAUCAUGCUGCAUCACAGAAUGUUUCAAGUUUUUGUAAUUGCCAACGUAUUAGCCAUGUACAGCUCCAUUCUUGCAGUCGUAGUCCUCCUCUGGGGUCUCAACAAAGAUUUCUAUGUUGCAGAACUAGCUUACCACUCAGCAGGGCCAUUAUUGUUGAUGGCUCUCACAGGCAUGUCAGUGGCUUUUUUGGCGGCCGUAACCGUAGCAGUGAGCAAACUUACUUGGCUUGGCAUCCUUGUUCUAUAUGCCGGAGUCUUUUUCCUCGCGAUGGUUGUGGUGGUUUUAGCGGCCUUCGUAUUCUCAUCCUCCAAGACUACUAUGAGGAUUGUGGUGUUUUACUUUGUGGUAGCUAAAAUCAAGAACUAUGUCAAAAUAUGUCUUUUAGUUUUUGUCUGCAUUAUUGCAUUGCCAUUCGCUUUAUGUAUCCUACCAUUUUACGGGGUCUACAAAUGUGUAGAGUACUUCAAAAAACUUGAUCGACCUCUGUACUGA